AAUAUUCAAACUUUUUUCGUCAGAGCAUUUAAAUGGCUGCGGACAUACCACGUGACCUGUGAAUUUCACAGAGUCGACUCGUCGCGUAGAUACUAGGUACGAUAUAUGUGUGCGUACAAUGCACUGCAUUCUCGAAAGUAGAAAACUUCAUUGACGGAGCGCCAGACAUCAGUAGCCAGCUCUGUCUGUCUGUGUGAGAGACUGCAUAUAUUGUUGCAGUACGGCGGGCAGCAGCACACUACAUACUACAUACUGCAUAGUCGGAAGAAAGAAAACAUUAGUAUGUGUGUGUGUGUGUGUAUGCGUGCGUUGCCGUGUUGCGCGUAAGUGUAAGUAAAAGAGGGAGAGAGCGCGGGUGUGCGUGUGCGCGCCAUUAUACAUACCACAGUUCUCGGCUGAUCGUCGUCGUGGUCGUCGUCGUGGUCGUCGUCGUGGUCGUCGUCGUCGAAACUUUUAUUUACGGCGGCGGUGUGUGCACGACGCGACGUGCGUGUAUGCAGUGCCUACAGGAGGCCGUCUCCAAUGUGCCUCGAGGAUGUCGAACCCUGGCGGUAGCAGGAGGACCGCGGCGACCAAGAUCCGCCUAACGAUCUUGUGUGCUCGUAACCUUGCAAGAAAAGAUCUAUUUCGUCUGCCCGAUCCUUUUGCCAAAAUUACUGUAGAUGGUUCUGGCCAGAUACACAGCACAGACACAUGCAAAGCCACUCUAGACCCAAAGUGGAAUCAACACUAUGAUUUAUACAUUGGAAAAAAUGAUGGCAUUACUAUAUCAGUGUGGAACCACCGCAAAAUCCACAAAAAACAGGGUGGAGGCUUUCUCGGAUGUGUGCGAAUUUUGUCCAAUACCAUCCAAAGGCUCAGGGAUACUGGCUAUCAACGGUUGGAUUUAUGCAAGGCUCACUCGGACGAUUCGGAUAUCGUGAAGGGGCAAAUCGUAGUGUCGCUGUUAUCGCGAGAUGGUCACAACGGUGCAAUAAGCAACACCGUUGGUCACAAUGCUGUGGUUGACAUGCUUGGUGACCUUAGCUGUCCUACGGAUUUGCCAGAUGGUUGGGAGGAAAGGCGAACUCAGAGCGGUCGACUCUAUUACGUCAAUCAUUACACGCGUACUACACAGUGGGUCCGUCCGAAUUCGAGGCCAAACAAUGCAAUAAUUCCAACAACGCCAGAGCCACCGCCAGUGCUACCUUGUUCAGACCCAGCACCAAUAUCACCAUCGAGUUUACCACCAAGUAGUAGUAAUAGUCCAGCCGAAAGUAAUCCAGCAUCAAGAGAACUGGAAUCGCUUGGCUCACCGGCGCAAGAUACCUCCUCAAGUACACCAAACCCAAGAGCUGUAUCAUCGGCAAGAUCGAGUCGACGUACCGAUGAACAAAAUGGAAAUCAGCAACAAAGCAAUGGAAGCGCGAGACCACAAAUCAAUGGAAGUCAAGCGAGGAGGCCAAGUCGACCCAAUAGAAAUCGAAAUAGUGGAAUUAUGGGUGAGAGGAGGACUGAUGUGCAACCUCUUGAUUUACCUCGGGGUUAUGAGAUGCGAAAGACGCAGCAGGGUCAGGUGUAUUUCUAUCACGUGCCAACCAGUACAUCAACGUGGCAUGACCCUCGUAUACCUCGUGAUUUACCAGCCAACGAAUUGGAUUUGGGUCCAUUACCGAGUGGCUGGGAGAUGCGUCAAACACAGAGUGGACGGGUUUACUUCGUAGACCACAACAAUCGCACUACUCAGUUCACCGACCCUCGCAUCUCUACGCAAAUCAUCAAUAAUUACUUAAAGCGCCAAAAUGGCCAGCCAGUGGAUCAACAGCAACAGCAGCAGCAGCAGCAAGCUAAUAGUAAUAAUCCAUCGACGCCUGCGAGAACAGAACCGAAUGGAUCAACAAGGCCAGCAGCUGCAUCACCUCCACCACCACCUUCUACGCCACAAAAUGCUAAUCAACAAAGGCCCAGAGGUGAUGGUGCGAGCAACAAUAAUACUCCAACGACCGAAACUCCGUCCACUCCAAAUGGCCAAACGGUGUCAGAUUUGCCAAAAGAGUUGAUGGAAAGCGAACUUCUUCCAAAGUAUAAACGAGAUUUAGUUGCGAAGUUGAAGUGUCUGCGAGCGGAAUUGAAUGCGCUUCAGCCGCAGACGGGACAUUGUAGAUUGGAAGUGUCAAGAAACGAAAUAUUCGAAGAAUCAUAUCGACUAGUAAUGAAAAUGCGACCAAAAGACAUGCGUAAACGUCUGAUGGUUAAAUUCCGAGGUGAAGAAGGACUUGAUUACGGUGGCGUAGCUCGAGAAUGGCUCUAUCUACUAUCUCAUGAGAUGCUCAACCCGCAGUACGGCUUAUUUCAGUACUCGAGGGAUGACAAUUAUACGUUGCAGAUCAAUGCUGAUUCCGGUAUCAAUCCGGAGCAUCUAUCUUACUUCCAUUUUGCUGGUAGGAUUAUUGGUAUUGCUGUGUUUCAUGGUCAUCACAUCGACGGUGGAUUUACCACACCUUUUUACAAGAUGUUGCUAAAUAAGGCCAUAACCUUAAAUGAUAUCGAAGGAGUUGAUCCGGAGCUGCAUCGAAGUUUAACUUGGAUGCUAGAAAACAGCAUAGAUGGUGUACUUGACGCGGCAUUCUCAGUAGAGCACAGCAGUUUUGGCGUCCUAAAGAACCACGAACUGAAGCCUGGUGGCAAGGACAUUCCAGUAACGGAAGAAAACAAGAAAGAAUACGUGCGUCUGUAUGUCAACUAUCGCUUUAUGCGUGGAAUAGAGCAACAGUUCUUAGCCUUACAAAAGGGCUUCCAUGAAUUGAUACCUUCGCAAUUGCUUAGACCUUUCGAUGAACGCGAAUUAGAACUCGUCAUCGGUGGUCUUGGUACGAUUGACAUCAACGACUGGAAGCUAAACACUAGAUUGAAGAACUGUACGCCCGAUACGCCUGUAGUUAAGUGGUUCUGGCAAAUAGUCGAGUCGUAUGGCGAAGAAAUGCGAGCAAGACUCCUUCAAUUUGUUACUGGUAGUUCGCGAGUUCCACUGCAGGGUUUCAAAGCUUUGCAAGGAUCAACUGGAGCUGCAGGUCCUCGUUUAUUUACAAUUCAUGCAGUAGAUGCUCCGAGUGAGAAUCUACCAAAGGCGCACACUUGUUUCAACAGAAUUGAUAUACCACAAAGUUAUCCAAACUAUAAAAAAAUGCUGGACAAGCUUACACAGGCAGUAGAAGAAACUUGUGGUUUUGCUGUUGAAUAACUUGUGGUUGCAUCUGGCGCAGCCAACAUGUUUAUUGUCGCUAACAUAAAAAAUAACUAUCCUUGCACCUAUCUUACCGAAGCAUAAACUUCGCAGCGCUCCAUUGCACUGGAUUAUUGAAUAGGUAAAUUAAAACCGAUCGUCGAUUUCGUUGACGCAGAUGCAAUUAUCAUUGUAAAUAUUAAUUAAAAAAUGAGAGAGGGACAAGUGAAGUAUGAAGCGCUUCAUAUAUAUAUAUAUACACACGACUCCACGAACAUUGCACAAGACAUCUGUAUUCAUCUCUUAAAUUUUGAGAAAAAAGUCAGAGUUGCUCGGCGACCUUAAUCGAGUAAAUAUAAUUUCAUAAAGAGAGCCCGAUACGAAAGUGCUCUACUGCUCGAAUUCAGUUAUUUUUAAGAAUCUAUAUUCUAAAUUUGUAUUCUUAUGCUUUACCGGGACACAUUAAUAUCAUAAUUUUUUUAUGGAAUAAGUUUUAAAAGUUUUUUUUAAUUCGGUUACUAUCAAAACUCUUUAUUACUUUUGAAUGUGCUAAUUUAGAAUAUUUUAUGAAAUCUUACAUUUACUGUUGAGAAUGCGAUACUGUCUCCUAUUUUGUAUAAAUGUUUUGAGCAAAAUCCGUAAUUUAUCAGAUAAUGAAAAAUGAAAGUUAUAAAAUAAUAAUGAGAGUGUCCUGUUCGCCUUAUUCAUGUACAAAAAUAAAGAGGAAAAAAAUCUUAUCGAGCUCACACUAAACAUAUCUCCGUUGUCGCUUGCCCAUCACUGAAUGUGCUUCAUAUACACUGUUCGUUGAAAAGACAAAUAAAAGGAAUAAAUAAUUUAUUCUGCUACUGAAUAUUAUGCGAAAUAUCGAUCAAGGCGUAAUGAUAUGCACAGUCAAUUAAUACUAUGUAAUUUAAUAUCCACUUGUUGAGUAACAGUUUUAUAGCGUUGGAAUUUAAGCAAUAAAGACCAGCAGAAGCACCCAAUGAAAAGUGCUUCAAGAACAUGAAAGCUGUUUCAAUUAAUUGAUAAUUUGUAAUGGUAAAUUGUAUUAAUAUAAUAAGAUAUUCUUGGAACAAAAUUAUAAGACUAGAAAAUUUAUUGAUCGUUGGUAUGCUUAGAAAUUGCUAAAACAUUGUUUUGAGAAUUUAUUAAGCAAGCAUUGAAUUGUAUAGCUGCAAGAAUAUUUUUUAAAAGUUUUUAUUUGUAAAAAUUUUUAAAUAAUAUAAUAUAAUUUUCUAAAUUUCACUAAUUAGGAAAAUGUAAAUGAAAAAGCAAUACAUUGAGGAUCAAUGAAUUUUUAAAUAAAUAUUUUGAACUUUUGUUAUGAAAUUAUAUUUUGUACAUAUAUAUUUCAAUUUAGGUUAAUUGAUUAUAUGAUACAAAACGUGUGACUGAAUUUUACAAUUUCUAUUGACAUUUGAAUUGUGAAUUAUCCAGCAUAAGAAAACCGAUAACUGAAUGUCACAUGCCUCCAUAAAAUCUACAAAUAUUUUACAAAACCACGUUGAUAUACGCAUAUACGCGACUCGAUAGCUGGAAAGAACAUGGCGCAUGCCAAAAAGAUGCUUAUACGUGUAAUUAUUACAAAUAUUGUAAAAUUGACUUAAUUUGAUUUUACCAAUAAAUGGAAUCUGAAUUUGAGUUUUUGUUAUGGUUAGAAAAAUUAAAUAGUUUUCAGUAUAAGCUUCUUCUUGGAAAAAAUUUUUGUAAAUAAGUUUUGAGAAUGAAGCGUGAUGUGUUUACAAAAUAAGAAACAAAAAAAACAUUGGUGUGUUCCUUCGCCUACUAAAUCGUUCAGUUAGCAAGACGUAACAGCGUAAUUAAUUUUUAUUACGUAGAUAAAAACUAAAUUUAAGGGUUAAUAAUUAGAAAAUUAUUGAAGUGAAGAUACGAUGUACAUUAACUUUAAUUCAAAUUUCAAAAAACUAAAAGAAAAACACUUUCCACGAGAAAAAAAAACAGACAUGAGAUCCGAUUAAAAUAGUAUGAUGAUUGUAUGUAAACAUUUUUGUACUGCGUCGACGAAAAUAGUCCUUCAAUGUGAAGGCUCAUCGUGCUAAGCUUGUUUUUUCGCAAAUUUCUUUCAUUGACUGGCACUUUUUAAGCGACCUGUGUCGUCAAAUUAUUAAAUUGUUUGUAUUGACAAGACUAAUUCUUACAAUUUUUUUUAAACGAUAAUUUUUUUUAUGUACAUACAUGGAUGCUUUAAUUAUUACAUGUUUUUAAAUUUCUGAAUACCUUAUUCAUCUUCAUUCAACAUAUCAAGUUUUCUAAAGUCUUUUUGGUAAGCAAGGCAGCUAUAAUAGUUCAUUUGCGUCUAUAGGAUAACUGUUAAAUUCUAAUUUCAUGAGUAAGCGGUUGUGUAUUCAGAACUUUUUUGGCAAAUAAAAAAACAAGAAUAUCUGUGACCUGUGAUACAGAAGAAAGAGCCAUGAAUCAGACAAGAUUUCAAUGGUGCGAUAAGUGAUUUCAUCAAUGAGUUAAGACAUACGGUGAGGCUCUCUCUAUUUAUCCUUCUUUUUUCUGUUUUAUUUUUUAAUUUUGUUUUGUAAAAAGAUUUUCAAGUCUGCGUUUGGAUAAUGAUGAGAGUCUUGAACACGAGUGCCUUGUUAAAAAAAAUAAAUGAAUAAAAAGAAACAAACAAUUAUGACAUGAAAAAUCGUCAUAUCAAUUGAUGCUUUUAGCUCCAUAAUCCAACGAACAGACCAAUUUAUAUAGCCUUAUAUAAAUGCUUUUUCUCCCGCAAAACUUUCAAAAGCGAAGAGAAUACUGUAAUUGAGAAAGAUGAUACACGUGUGUAUCUAAUAUAACUUUAUAUAUACUGACUUUAAUGUUAACAAACCUUAUACGAUCGGUGUAAAUGGGAGACAACAAAAGAAGAAAAGUUGUAAAUGCACAAAAUAUUGUCAGAUCGACAGUCGGAAAUCAAAAGUCACAACGAUAUUCGUAUUUUUUGUUAUUCCUUUGUCGAUUCGUAAAAUUAUAUUAUUUUAAUUAAUGUUAAUUCUUUUCAAGCUUAUAAAGGUAAUGCUACACCUUUAAAAAUGAAAAUAAUAUAUACAACAUGUUUUCUUCUAAACAUUUAUCAAGAUGAUUAUUAAUAACCACAUUGCUGAUAACAAAGUAGAUCAUAAGACCAUUGUAAAGUUCAAAUUUAUUGUUUGUAUAUUCUAGAAAAUGUAGCAUUAAUUUUAUAAGAAAUUAACUUCUUUUAUUGUAUUGAUUGAACAUUACAUUUUGUACGAGAAUAUUUAACUCGGCACAAAGUGCAAGUGCAACUGCCAUUAUACGUAUUUUUCGUUUUUUUUCUUAGUAACUUGCUUGAUUGAAGGUUCACCUUUUAUUCUGUUCUUUUAUUCUGUUCUUUUUUUCCUGCACCGAUAUCGCAAUGAUGAAAAAUUAAAAUAAAAAAACAAAAAUAUAACAUGUGGCCCAGCUAUUCUAGGCGGUAGCUUCGUAUAAUAGGCCGAUUAAAAGGACUGAGUAUAUAACUUUAGCAUGUUCUUUUUAUGUAGAGUAAAAAAGUAACAAUAAUUUAUAUAUAUAAAUAAAACUCGUAAGCGUUUUUAUGCGACUCGUUUUUUUGUGUUUUAUUUAUCGUAUUGCUGUUUUUUUUCGUAGGAUUUUUGUGUACUUUUACCUGAAAGGGUAUACUAUAAACAGAUAUAAAAUGUGUAUUAUACGAUUUGCUAAUCUUUUGUUGAAAAAACAAAAAUAAUACCUGUUGUAAAUAGUAGGUAUUAUAUAUCACCCAAAUUGUUUUAUAACUUACAUUCUUUUUACAAAAGUACAGGAAAUAAUGAAAUGUAUUUAGAUUAUUUUCAAUAAAUUGUUCUUUAUC